AUGUCUAAACGCGAUCGUGACGGCAACAUGCGGCCUAACGAGCCCAAGCAGAAGCCGGCCGCUCCUGUGUCUCAAUUCACACCCAUGUUCCAAAAAUUCCGCGACGAGCUGGACGAGCACCACGACCGGAGGGAGCGUGUCAUUAAGGCAUCAAGAGAUGUGACUGCUUUGAGCAAGAAGAUCAUCUUUACUUGCCAGAGAGUUAACAAGCUGGGCGAGCUCCCUAAUUUCGCUCAGAAGGAAAUCACUACGCGAAUGGGGGAAAUCAAGAAUCACCUUACCGCCAUUGAGGGCGACAUCCAAGGCAUCAACCGCUAUCGCUAUGCCUACUCCCUCCGCUGCCUUGAAGAGCUAGUCGAAGCUCUGUCAUUCAGCCACUACCUCCGUACCCAGACUCUAAUCAGCUUGGAUGAAACUUCAGCUGCAGUUCCCGCUAACGUUUCAAUAACUGAAAAUGACUAUAUGUACGGUCUUUUCGACUUGUUCGGCGAGAUGAUGCGCUUCGCCACCGUCACAACAGCCCAGACAGGUCAGCUGGCUGGCGCAGGCGGCCGCAACAUCUUGAUGGAUAUUCAUGAGCUGAGCAGCUGCUUCGAGAUCCUACCCGAAAUCCCCACCAAGGACUUCAGGGGGAAGAUGGAGGUUAUGAGGCAGUCAGUGCGGAAGGUGGAGAAGCUGGGUUAUGGACUCGCGAUCCGGGGCACGGAACGGCCGAAGGGCUGGGUGCCUGACAUGAAGGAGGACUUUGACCCUUCUUCAUUGGAAUGA